UCUACCCAGAACUCCAUGAGGCUCCUGGCUUUCCUGAGUCUGCUGGUCCUGGUGCUGCAUGAGGCAGGAACAGCUUCUCUCCCAGGGGAGAGGAAGAGAGAAGAGCAGAGCCCCGAGGAAGGUGACACUUACGCAUUUCUGCACGUGGGGAACUAUGCCCUGAGCCUGGAGGACUACAGUGACGUCAUUGACCUGAGCAGCUAUGAGGAACCAGCCGACUAUGGGGACCAGACCCCUGAGGCUAAAGUGGACAGCCUGGCUCUCCCAACAAGAACCAGUCCCUCCCAGAGCACUGUGGCUCCAAACCUCACCAUGACCAAGCCUACCACCACUAGCCUACUGACCUCCCAGAGCAGUCAUGGCCUGCCUACCUGCCUGGUGUGUGUGUGCCUUGGCUCUUCCGUGUACUGUGAUGAUGCAGAUCUCAAGACCAUUCCUCCCCUUCCCCAGAUGACCACCUACCUGUACGCCCGCUUCAAUCACAUCAGCCACAUCCAGGCUGGAGACUUCAAAGGGCUGACAAAACUGAAGAGGAUUGACCUCUCCAGCAACUCCAUCUCCUCCAUCCACAACGAUGCCUUCCGCCUGCUGCCUGCCCUGCAGGAUCUCAUCCUCUCAGAGAACCAGCUGGCAGCUCUGCCUGUGCUGCCCAGCGGCAUCGAGUUCCUGGAUGUCCGCCUGAAUCGGCUGCAGAGCUCAGGGAUACAGCCUGACGCCUUCGUGGCACUGGAGAAGCUUCAGUUUCUCUACCUGGCAGACAACCUGCUGGAGUCCAUCCCUGGGCCUUUGCCUCUGAGCCUGCGCUCCCUGCACCUGCAGAACAACAUGAUCGAGACCAUGGAAAGAAACACCUUCUGUGACCCCAGGGAACACAGCCCCGAGCGAAGGCAGCUGGAAGACAUCCGCCUGGACAGGAACCCGAUCAAUCUAAGCCUUUUCCCUGAGGCCUAUUUCUGCCUGCCAAGGCUCCCUGUGGGGCGCUUCACCUAG